AGAUCUACGCGAAGAUCGACCCACUUUAGGCGGUUGAGACGGGUUGGAGAGGUUUAGGAACAUAGUUUUGGAGGUUACGCUUCGCGUAGACCCGCCAGAAUCCGUAGCAACGUUGCGUUUCCUUUGUCGUGGCUGUUGCCCGAUUCGGGCAGGACACCCCGUUGGCAGAUCGGCGGGUUCAUCACCCCUUCGAUCGGCACAAAUUCGCGGGGGGCCAAUAACCUCCUCGUGCGCAUUAGCGACCGUUCAAGCUUGUGGAAGUGACUGCCGACAUGAACCUGACCGCGAUUGCGCUGCGGCGAUUGGCGCCGCGCUCGGGAUUGUGUGCGGGCAGGGGCCUGACAGGCCGCCGACGGCGCAUCCAGCUGCCCUCUCCGAUAGUUGGCAGCACUACUGGCACUACGGCGGCCGCACCCCCCGCUGUCAUGUCAGCUGCUUUCCAUGUGUCAUCUACUGAACGCGUCAGGGCAGAGAGCAUGGCAAGCGAACGGCGACGUCUACCGCGGGUCGCCUCGGCGAACGACCUCAUCGUGCGCGAGGCCCGGGACGACCUCAUGGGCAUCGUGCUGGAGACGAAGUUCGGCGAGCCGGCCCUCGCCGAGGCCCUGAAGGCCCUCCGCGGCGCCCUCGAGUACAACCUGCCGGGAGGCAAGCGUAGCCGACUGCUGGCGGUCGUCCAGACCUACGAGCUACUGGCCGACGAGGCAGCACCGCAGUUGCACCUGGCAUGCCUGGUUGGCUGGUGCGUCGAACUGCUCCAGUGCUACUUCCUCAUCCUAGACGACAUCAUGGACGGAUCGACGAUGCGUCGCGCCCACCCGUGCUGGUACACGCGCCCCGACGUUGGACUGCGGGCCAUCAACGAUGCCCUCUUCCUCGACAAGGCCCUCGGUUGGGUGUUAAGGCAGCGCCUUCGUUCGCUGCCCUGCUACCUGCCUCUGCUAGAGCUCUUCCACGAGGGUGACCUCCGCACUGUGCUCGGGCAGGAAAUGGACAUGGUGGCUGCCGCACCGGACAGCAAGUGCAAGCCCACGAUCGACCUGUACUGGGCCACGGUCACAUUCAAGACAGCCUUCUACUCCUUUGCCCUGCCCAUCCGUGCUGGAAUGCUUCUGGCAGGCGUCGAGGACAGCUCGUUGCACGAGCAGGCGCAGGAGGCAGCGCUGGCGCUGGGUCGCAUCUUUCAGGUGCGCGACGACUACAUCGACUGCUUUGGCUCGGUCGAGGAGAUCGGCAAAGUGGGUACCGACAUUGUGGACCGCAAGUACUCCUGGCUUCUGGUCACUGCCCUUCAAGUGGCGUCGCCCAAGCAGGCCGAAACCAUACUGGCGCACGUUGGACGAGGUGCUCCCGGUGGUGCUGACGAGGCCGCAGUGAAGGCCGUCUACAGGGAGCUGGAUCUCCCAGGCCACUAUGCAGCCUACCGCGAACGUGCCCUUCGUGAUCUCGACGCCCAAAUCAACCGGCUGCCCCCAAAUCUGGCCGAUGUGCUGCGUCUCCAGAGGGACGCGUUAUUGAAACUGGACUCUUAGCGACAUUACCUACUGCCUUCCUACCUCUGAUGGACGUUCCUACCCCCCUCCUCUCUCUGAUGGAUGUUAACACUAGCUUCGAAUGUAAAUGUACAUUAAAACCAUUUCUAUUUACAACCAGCGUCUCGAAUGUC